AUGUCACCAAGAUAUAAGAUUAUAUAUGAAUAUAUUGGUAAAUCAUUUACUGGAUUUCAACGAUUAAAGUAUCCAGUUGUAAAAUUACCAGUUCAACAAGUAUUAGAAGAUUCAUUAGAGAAAAUUCAUGGUUAUAAAAUACCAAUUGUUGGGUCAAGUAGAACAGAUCAUGGUGUUAGUGCAGUUGGACAAGUUUCACAUUUUGAUGUUAAAACUCGUACAUCAAAAAGUGGUAUUGAAAUGCCACUAUUAUCACCAGAAGAAUUAACAAUGGCAAUAAAUUAUAAUGUUGGUAAAGAAUAUUUAAAAUCAAUUAGAAUUAUAAAAACAGAGAUUGUUGAUGACAAAUUUCAUUGUAGAUUUAAUGCAACCUCUAGAACCUAUCUCUAUAGAGUAAUGGCAAAUUGUGGGAGAAAACAAAUUCCAUUGGAAUUAUUGGAUAGAGUAUAUCUGGUUGGUCCCAUUUUAAAUCUUGAUGAAAUGAGAAAAGCUUCGGAAAUGUUCAUUGGUACUCAUGAUUUCUCAAGUUUUAGGAGUGCAAAAUGUUCAUCCACUAGACCAAUUAGAUCAAUUUCUCAUAUUAAAAUUUAUGAUUUACCAUUACCAGAUAUUUUUCAAUAUAAUCCAUCUUUUCAAAAUAUUUCAAGAUCAAAUACAAAUUAUCCAAUUGGUGAUGGUGAAAAGAAUCUAGAUAAAAAAAAUACAGGUUUACAAUAUUUUGGUAUAGAAAUUAAAGCUAGAGCUUUCCUUCAUAAUCAAGUUAGAAUUAUGGUUGCUUCCUUAAUUAAAGUUGGUGAAGGAGAAAUUUCAAUUCAACAAUUGGAAGAAAUUAAAGAUAAAAAAGAUAGAGGUGCUGCUCCUCCAACUGCUUCUCCAGAACCUUUAACAUUAUUAACUGUAUCAUAUGAUGAUCCAAAAGUUAAUCCUUCUACUUUUCAACAACAACAACAACAACAACAACAACAACAACAACAACAACAACAACAACAACAACAACAACAACAACAACAACAACAACAACAACAAUCUUAA